AGUUUGACGUAGUCAGUUCUAGUCUUACCCAGGUGACUCAAAGCAUUAAAAGUCGGCAUAAUCGGAACUGUAGUUAGUAUCAUCGCCCAUUUGCCCUUCACCGCUGUCGCAAAAUAGUACUCCCUGGUGGUUUAAUCCAUCGGAGGCAGCACCUUAAAUGAAAGUUUGUGUUUCAUUCUACAAUCCCCCCCACAACGAUAAAACCGAAAUGGAAAAGAUCUAUUCCAGGGGAGAACUUCACCACUUCAUCGACGGCUUUAAUGAGGAGAAAAGCAACUGGAUGCGCUAUGUGAAUCCUGCGCGUUCUGCCCGGGAGCAAAACCUGGCUGCGUGUCAGAACGGGAUGAACAUCUACUUCUACACCAUUAAGCCCAUCCCUGCCAACCAGGAACUUCUUGUGUGGUAUUGUCGGGACUUUGCAGAAAGACUCCACUACCCUUAUUCCGGAGAGCUGACAAUGAUGAAUCUCACACAAACACAGAACAGCUCAAAGCAGCAGACCACUGAGAAAAGUGAACUUUGCCCAAAGAGUGCCCCAAAGAGAGAAUACAGUGUGAAAGAGAUCCUGAAAUCGGACUCCAACCCCUCCAAAGGAAGGGACUUAUACCGUUCCAACAUUUCACCCCUCACUUCAGAAAAGGACAUGGAUGAUUUCAGGAAAAAUGGGAGCCCUGAAAUGCCCCUAUAUCCUCGGGUGGUGUACCCAAUCCGCACACAUCUACCAGAAGACUUUUUUAAAACAACGCUGGCCUAUGGGAUGGAGAGACCAACUUACAUUACUCACUCUCCUAUUCCGUCCUCUACAACUCCAAGUCCCUCAGCAAGAAGCAGCCCAGACCAAAGCCUGAAAAGUACCAGUCCUCACAGUAGCCCUGGGAAUACCGUGUCACCCCUGACUCCUGGUUCUCAAGAUCAUCGAGACUCCUACUCCUACUUGAAUACACCCUAUGGCGCCGAGGGCUUGGGCUCUUACCCGGGAUACGCACCUCCUCCCCACCUCCCACCAGCUUUCAUCCCCUCAUACAAUGCUCACUACCCCAAGUUCCUUUUACCCCCAUAUGGCAUGAAUUGUAACAGCCUGAGUGCUGUGAAUAACAUAAAUGGCAUCAACAACUUCGGUUUCUUCCCGAGGCUGUAUCCUGUCUACAGUAACCUCCUGAGUGGUGGCAAUGUGCCUCAUCCCAUGCUCAACCCUGCUUCUCUUCCAAGCUCACUACCCUCAGAAGGAGCCCGGAGGUUGCUUCAGCCAGAACAUCCCAGAGACGUGCUUGUCCCCACGCCCCACAGUGCCUUUUCCCUCACAGGGGCUGCCGCCAGCAUGAAGGACAAGGUGUGCAGCCCCACAAGUGGAUCUCCCACCGCGGGCACAGCCGCCACGUCAGAGCACGUGGUACAACCCAAAGCUACCUCAGCAGCAAUGGCAGCCCCCAGCAGUGAUGAAGCCAUGAAUCUCAUUAAGAGCAAAAGAAGCAUGACUGGCUAUAAGACACUUCCCUACCCACUGAAGAAGCAGAAUGGCAAGAUUAAGUAUGAAUGCAAUGUUUGUGCUAAGACUUUUGGCCAGCUCUCAAAUCUGAAGGUCCACCUCCGAGUGCACAGUGGAGAACGGCCUUUCAAGUGUCAGACUUGCAACAAGGGCUUCACUCAGCUUGCCCACCUGCAGAAACACUACCUGGUCCACACGGGAGAAAAGCCACACGAAUGCCAGGUUUGCCACAAACGAUUUAGUAGUACCAGCAAUCUCAAGACCCACUUGCGCCUCCACUCAGGAGAGAAACCUUACCAGUGCAAGGUGUGCCCUGCCAAGUUCACCCAGUUUGUGCACCUGAAACUCCACAAGCGCCUACACACCCGGGAGCGGCCCCACAAGUGUGCCCAGUGCCACAAGAGCUACAUCCACCUCUGCAGUCUUAAGGUCCACCUGAAGGGAAACUGCCCUGUGACACCAGCCGCCGGGCUACCCAUGGAGGACCUGACUCGCAUCAAUGAAGAGAUCGAGAAGUUUGAUAUCAGUGACAAUGCUGACCGGCUUGAGGACAUGGAAGAUAACGUUGAUGUAAUCUCUAUGGUGGAGAAAGAAAUUCUGGCCAUGGUCAGAAAAGAGAAGGAAGACACUGGUCUCAAAGUUUCUUUGCAAAGAAACAUGGAGAAUGGACUUCUCUCCUCAGGGUGUAACUUUUAUGAGUCAUCAUCGGACCCGGCCCUCAUGAAGUUGCCUCACAGUCACCCACUACCUCUGGUACCUGUAAAGGUCAAACAAGAAACAGUUGAAGCAAUGGAUCCUUAAGAUUUUCAGAAAAUACAAAGUAUUUUGUUUUUUAACUUAUGACUUGGCAAGUCAGGGUGCCUGUAGCAGAUGGCUUAUACGUAAUUCCAGUUUUGGAAAGCUCUCCUGACAGCAAACGUGAGGGAAAACGUCACCUCUCUGGAAUUAAAGAAGGAACUCCAAAGUUACUGAAAUCUCAGGGCAUAAAUGAGGCAAAGACUAUUAUAUAUAAAUAUAUAAAUAUGCUUAUUAUAUAUACUUAUUUACACACAUCUAUAUAUUUGAACCUGUGUAUUUUGACUAUUUGUGUGGAUAUGUUUGCAUAGCUUUUCCAUAAGUAUGACUAUUACCUAGCCAUAAUUAUUUUUUCCAUGGUAAUACUUCAUAAUUUAUUAUACAAUUUAUCGUUCAGAAAGCAAUAAUUAAAAAAAGUUUACAAUGACUGGAAAAAAUUCCUUGUAAUUUGAGUAUAAAUGUUAUAUUUUUGUCUUGUGGCCAUUCUUUGUAGAUAAUUUCUGCACAUCUGCUUAAGAACCUAAGAUUUAAGAAAACAAACCCAUUACUUCCCUCAGUUAUCUUCCCUCUAUGAUAUCUGAAAUGAGGUUUUAGUAUUGCCGAAGUUAAAGUUGAUGUGUUAAUUCAUAGGAUCAUAUUGUUUGAAUGGCAUUUUAUAACUUGGGGGUAUGUGUGCAGAAUUACCCAAUGAUAAUUUGAGUAGGAGAAGCAAGUAAAGGAAUCUUGUAUGCUUCUGGAGAUCAUUCUGGUUUUUCUUCCCUGCACACUUUUACCCAGAAAGGUGUCAGGA